GCAAUUCUGUACGCAAUACGUCAAGCGAAAAGAUCGUACGUAUGUAUGCGUAUGUAUGUGUGUGUGUGUGUGUCUGCGCUUCCUUGCUUCCCCUGGCUUCUUUUAUUCCCCCUCCUUUGUUCGCUUGCGGCUUCGGGACAGGAGGAGGCGGGGCAGGGCGAGUGAAUGCACAGUUCCGGAAUAUUUUGGUGCGAUAGUAACUUGAUAUAGAGUUCUAGAUCAAAGAAGCAAUGGAAAGGGAAUCAGCUACCACAUAUGAGCCAAAAAGGAACAGUGAAAUAAGGGUUUUUGAGAGUUUUGAUGAUAUCUCAACAGAUCUGGCUGAGUAUAUCUCACAAAUUUCAGAAAUUUCUGUCAAAGAAAGGGGAUACUUUGCUAUUGCCCUAUCUGGAGCCCCCCUAGUCAGUUUUUUGUGGAAACUUUGUGAAGCCCCAUACAACAAGACCCUGGAUUGGUCCAAAUGGUACAUCUUCUGGACUGACGAACGUGCUGUAGCAAAGAAUCAUGCUGAGAGUAACUAUAAGCUAACAAAAGAAGGAUUCCUCGCCAAGGUACCUAUUCUUAAUGGCCAUGUCUACUCCAUAAAUGACAAUGCCACAGUGGAGGAUGCAGCAACAGACUACGAAUUCGUCAUCAGGCAGCUGGUCAAGGUCCGGACAAUCGGGGUCUCAGAGAGCAACGACUGCCCCAAGUUUGAUCUCAUCCUCCUUGACAUGGGCUCUGAUGGUCAUGUGGCCUCGCUGUUCCCCAACCACCCUGCCCUUGAGCUGAAAGACGACUGGGUCACCUACAUCACUGACUCCCCGCAGCCUCCACCCGAGAGGAUCACCUUCACUCUCCCAGUAAUCAACUCGGCUUCCAACAUAGCGAUAGUGGCUACUGGCGACGACAAGGUGAAGGCCGUGCACUUAGCGGUUUCUGACGGCACUGAAGGUCCUGAUGCUCCCGCGUUGCUGCCUGCAAGAAUGAUCCACCCGACGGACGGGAAGCUGGUGUGGUUCCUGGACAAGGCCGCGGCAGCAUCCCUCGAGGCUAACAACGGUGAUGCCUCCUACGACGAGCAUGCCGAGUACCGACUUUGAAGAUCCAAGGUCGUUUUGCCGUGAAUGAGUGGAGGCGUGUAAGUAGGCGGGUGGGAUUUGAUGGAAGAUGCUGGGUGCCCCGUUUUAGCUCGAUAUACUUGUAGUCUUGGCAUUAAUUUUGCCUAGGGUCUAGUUCCGGGAAAUCAAAAAUUGCCGUGGUCCUUUUGCCAUGAGAUGUGAUUUAGAGCGAAGAAAUGUGUAUGCGAUGUCGAGAGCAAAGGAUGAGAACACCGGAUUUUUAACUGUGAUAGUAUUAUGCUAUGCGCUGCAUUCUAUUUCUAUCUAGCUGAAGUUA